CUGCAGGCAGGGCUGGUGCUGGGACUGCUGUCAUUGGACCGAAUGGACCUGGCUGUCUUGAAGCGCACCGGCAGCGAGCAGCAAAAGUGGCUGGUGGGGCGGGUGGAGCCCCUGACGCGAGAUCCACACUUUACCAUGUGUGCGCUGGUGGUUGUCAACGCCGCCUGCAACACCGCGCUGCCGCUCUUCAUCGAUCGGCUGCUCAAUCCGCUGGCCGCUCUCCUCAUCAGCGUCACCGCCAUCCUCAUCUUUGCCGAGAUUGCACCCCAGGCUGUGUGCAAGCGCUACGGGCUGGAAAUUGGCGCCUACUGCUCCUGGCUGGUGCGCGGCCUGCGCGUGCUCACCGCCCCCGUGGCCUGGCCGCUGGCCAAGCUGCUGGACCUGCUGCUGGGGGAGGAGAGCGUGCUGUUCAGGCGGCAGGAGCUCAACGCGCUCAUCUCGCUGCACGCGGAGCCGCAGCAGGAUGGGUCGGUGGGGGCGCUGACCACAGAUGAGGCGCAGGUGAUCAAGGGCGCUCUGGACAUGGCCAGCAAGACGGCAGAGGCGGUGAUGACCCCGCUGGCAAAGGUGUUCAUGCUUUCCAGCGAGGCGGUCAUCGACUCGCAGCUCCUGGCCACGGUGCUGGCGGCGGGGCACAGCCGCGUGCCGGCCAUCCUGGGCCUCAUCCUGGUCAAGGAGCUCCUGGUGGUGGAUGAGGCGGCGGGGAUGCGGGUGAGGGACCUGCGCCUCCGCGAGAUGCCCUUCCUCUGUGCGGACAUCCCUCUGUAUGACGUCCUGAAGAUCUUCCGCUUUGGGCGCAAGCACAUGGCCUGCCUGACCCGC